AUGUUCGACAGCCUGAUCAACUCCAAGUUCUACAACCGGUGCAAGCACGCCUUCAAAUGCAUCCGGACGCGGCUCGUCGUCAUACGCCGCAAGAAGCAGGCUAUGAUCGGCUUCAUGAAGAAGGACGUCGCAGAGCUCCUCUCCAACGGCCACGACAAGCACGCCUUCGGACGGAUGGAUGCGCUGAUAGUCGAGAUGAACCAUGCAUUUUGCUAUGACAUGAUCGAGGAGUACUGCGAUUUCAUUGGGAAGCAGCUCAACAGCCUACAGAAACAGAGGGAGUGUCCCCAGGAGUCCAGGGAGGCCGUGUCAACCCUAAUCUUUGCUGCUGCUCGCUUCCCAGACUUGCCUGAACUGUGUGACCUAAGGCAUGUAUUCACAGGAACAUAUGGUACUCUCGAGCCAUUCAUUAGCCACAAGUUUGUUCGGAAACUUCAAAGCGAUUUAUUCACAGAUGAGGAGAAGUUUCAAGUGAUGCAAAGUGUUGCUGAAGAGUUCUCUGUUGGUUUUGAUAGAAAGGCAUUGGAAAUCAAGUUAUGGGCGCCACCAGAGACUAAAGAUGGUUUUCUUGAAAAGGAUUCAGUGGAGAAGGUUGAGCUGGUAACGCCUUUACCCAUUAAGCAGAAGGAUGAUGGUGAACAUCAGGGGACUGGUGAACAUCCACUCGAAAGAAAAUCUGAAGCUACACCUGUGGACCACAAGCAGAAAGUGGAAGCGGAACCGAAACCAAAAGAUGUUCAGGCUGAUCGGGCUGUUGAUAACAGCCUUGGUCGAUUGAAUGAUAAUACUGGAGGGAAGAAUUCUGAUAAAUCUCAUUGUAGGCAAAACUUGGGGAAAUCAGUAUCCCCUAUUGAAACUAAAAGGGGGGAAACUGAAAAGCAAGUUCAGAAAUUGAAGAAGAAAGACUCCCGCCCUUCUGAAAAAGAGCUGAUGGAAGCUAUCGAGCUAGAUAUUGAUGGCCUGCCGAAACAUGAAUCUGGUUCAGUGAAAUUUCCUGAGGCAGAAAGCAACAAGAUAGUUCCACCAAUUGUCAAGCCAAAAGAAGCUGAGAAAGAACAUGUUGUGGAAAAGGAGAAUUACAAGGGACUUGGUUAUCAGCACCGAUCACCCAUGCCUGGCCGUCCUGAUAAUAGGAGACAAGCAAACUUAGGGUGCAAAACUCUUGGCCUGCAGAAGCUAGAACCUAGGUCACUAAAUCCUUCGAGUGGCAAGACUACAAACAGGACCCCUCCUUAUGCCAAGACAAAUGUAGCGAAGGUCAAGAAUUGUGAUGAAAAAGAAGAGAGCAACAGUUUGUUGCAUGGUAGGCCACAGCAGUUAAAGGAUGUGGAACAGAUGGUGCAAAAUGGACAGAGCGUGCCACAGAGGGCAGCUAAUAUGCGGCCUCCUUAUAUCAACCCCAAAUUUGGCAUGCAGGUAACUGAUGAUUCUACAAAACCAACUGGCAGUGUCUUCAAGAAGCACAAUCUGACUGAACAAACAGAUCGUCCUGCUGAAAGCCAUGUGCUUCGGCCCGUUUCUGUUAGAAGGAAGAAGCCACAAGCACUUGGUGAUGCUUAUGAUGAGGCACCUGAGAAGGUCACAAGCCAAACACCCAGCAGUCUCAGAAGACCAGCAAGCAAGCACAAGGUUGCUAGUGAUGCCUAUGAUGAGAACGGUCAUGGUGUUGGUAAUGGCAGGAAUGUUGAAAGAACUCCUAGCAGUCGACCAAGUCACUCAGGAAGGAGAAACAGAGCUCUGCACAUGGACGACCACGAUGGGUCCAUGCUGCGGCCUCAAGCUGGCGAAGAUGAAAGUGCUAUUGAUUUUGGUAAUCUCCUACCACGGACUACAAAAGGGCAUCAUAGAGUCGAUAGCAAGAACACUGCUGUGCAUGGUGGAGAUCUGGAUGAGGAGGAAAGGAUAAUGGACAAGCUGCUCAUGCAUUAUAGCAAGAAAGGCUUACAUAUGGAUGAAACCAAAACAACAACAGGAACCAGCAGAACUGCUAACUAUGAUGAAGCACAAACACAAUGUCAGGAAAACGGUUCUUUGCACCGUCCUGGAAGAACAGUCUCGCUACCGCCGGAAUCUGCCAGCACGGGUGAAGCUUCCCAGGUUCCUGCUCGGUCCUCCUCAUUGCGGUUGAAAUGUCCUAGGGGUGUUCACGUCCACCCAAAAAUGCCGGACUUUGAGGAACUGGCCGCUCGGGUCAUUGCUCUAAGGAAUGCUUAA